AUGACGUGCUUGGCGAGUGAACACAGUACCGGUGGGGUUAUUGCUCGUAAAAUCAUGCGUCACCUGGGCGAAAAGUAUAAAUCGACCUCGGCCCAAUGGGUUGCGUUUAAAUUGCUGUGCAUUAUCUCUACUAUGUCAGUCGGCAAAGGUGGUGGGGGGAAAGCAAGUUUCAAGCUGGGUCCCGCCACAUGCUGGUCUACGAGCUACGUAACCUGGAUGGAAUAUCGCAACAACAUUCCAGAACUUGCACAACUACGAUCGUGGCGUGUCUAG